AUGUCCUGCAAGCCCAAGGAGUUUCAUGGUGAAGAAGGUGCAAUUGGAUUAUUAUCAUGGAUUGAAAGCAUAGAUUCGGUACUCCAUAUUAGCAAGUGUUCCGAAGAUUGUAAGGUGGAGUAUGCAACAUGCCAACUUCAGGGAAGAGCCCUAACUUGGUGGAACAUACAAGUUCAAACUCGUGGUCGUCAAGCUGCCUAUGAAUUAUCACGGGAAGAACUCAAAAAGUUACUCAUCGAAGAGUAUUGUUCUAAGAGCAAAAUUCAGAAAUUGGAAGUCGAAUUCUGGAAUCACACCAUGAUUGGAAUGGAGAUAGACAAAUACGUAGCCCGUUUUCAUGAGCUUGCAAAAUUAGUACCUCAUAUGGUCACUCCAGAGGAGAAACGAAUUGAUCGGUAUAUUUGGGGAUUGGCACCUGAAAUCCGAGGGAUGGUCAGUUCAGCAAACCCAACCACUAUACAAAACGCAGUGGUGUUGGCAAAUCGUCUGRCAAAUGAUGCAGUUAGAUCAGGGAUUUUAAAGCAAGACAAAUUUGGUGGAAAGAGGAAGUUUGAAGGGCAAUCGUGGAAAAGGACCAAAAAUGACUUAGGUAAAAACCAAAAAGUAAUAAGAAACUUUGGAGCUCAAUCUCAAGCUGGAGAAAAGGGUAAGGGAGUUUACCCAAAGUGUGACAAGUGCAAUAAACAACAUCUGGGGAAAUGUACCACAUGUCUUAAGUGCAACUGGACAGGACAUGUUGCAAGGGAUUGUAGAGUCGGAGAAGGACGGAGUUGCUUUGAGUGUGGAAGUCCAAAUCACUUUCGAAGCGCUUGCCCUAAGAGAAAUCAAAGGCCCUACACAAAUCAAGCACGACCAACCAAUCAAGGGAACCAAGGGGGUCAGGCACGAGGUCGAGUGUUCGAGAUUGGGGCAGAAGAAGCAAGAUAA